ACCUACAUAUAUACACAGUACAUUAACGUAUACAAUUCAAGAUUAAUCGAUAAACGAUCAACAAGAAGAAGAACAAGAACAACAACAGAAAAAUGUCGAACGGAAAGGCGACGGCUUCGUUCUUUGAGAACGGAAGCACCAGACAGUUUGAAUACUGCUACGAACUGUAUCCGCAGGUGCUAAAGAUUAAAGCCGAAAAGCGCAGCAAGAAGCCACAAGAGCUAAUCCGCUUGGAUCAAUGGUAUCAGAAUGAACUGCCCGGCUUGAUAAAGGCGCGAGGGAAAGACGCCCACUUGGUAUACGAUGAACUUGUUCAGGCGAUGAAAUGGAAACAGUCUAGGGGUAAAUUCUAUCCGCAACUGUCAUAUUUGGUCAAGGUGAAUACGCCGCGUGCAGUAAUCCAAGAGACAAAGAAGGCCUUUCGCAAGCUACCCAAUCUGGAGCAGGCGAUCACAGCGUUAUCCAACCUCAAAGGCGUGGGCACCACAAUGGCAUCCGCCCUGCUAACAGCCGCCGCCCCCGACUCAGCCCCAUUCAUGGCCGACGAAUGCCUGAUGGCCAUACCAGAGAUCGAGGGCAUCGAUUAUACGACCAAGGAGUACCUCAACUUUGUGCAGCACAUUCAAGCCACAGUGGAGCGACUAAAUGCGGAGGUUGGUGGCGAUACGCCGCACUGGUCACCGCAUCGCGUCGAACUGGCACUCUGGGCGCACUAUGUAGCCAACGACCUCAGUCCCGAACUGCUCGACGAUAUGCCCUCGCCGACAGCAACACCUAACACAAACGGUAGCCUGAGCAAGGCGAGCAAGGUGCUCGAUGGCGAGGACACCAACGAUGGCGUCGCUGUUGAUGUGGAUGAGGACGAGAGCCUCGGCGCAGGUGGCCGAAAUACGGCAACAGAAUCGGAGACAGAGAACGAGAACACCAAUCCGACAUCGUUGACGCCGCUGGGCAAUGCGAGUGGUGGCGUUGGUAGUGGUGGUGGCAAGAACAACAAUAACAGCAGCAACAGUAACAGCAGCAACAAUAACAACAAUAGCAACAACAACAACACUGCCGCCUUGCAGGAUGGAGACUCAAACUUUGUGUCGAACGAUUCCACCUCGCAGGAGCCGAAUAUUGAUGACAACACCACACAGACAACGGCCACAACCACAUCGACGGAGGACGGUGAGCCGAUGGGUGUGGCAACGCCACUGGCCUCCGACUCGGAAAGCAAUCUCGAGGCGCCCCUCAAGAGUCGCUUGGCCGCCGUUGGAGUUUGUGCUGGGGCAGGAGUAGGAGCAGCUGUAGCUGGAGCAGGAGCAGGAGCAGUAGCAGCUGUUGCCCAAUCGCACAACAACAACAAGCAGAUCAAUAAUAACGGACAAAGCGCUGCACAAUCAGCAGCAGCAGCAGCAGCAACAGAAGGAUUGGGUGGACCAGCGGCACCAGCAGCCGUGCCAGCCGCUCCAACAGCAGCCAAUGGUAAUGGCAAUGGCAAUGGCGUGCUCUCGCUUGGUGGCAGUGCGUCGGCAGCGAAUCAAGUUGAUGACGAUGAUGAGGAGGAGGAUGAGGACGAGGAUGAGGAUGAGGUGGACGAGGAGGAGGACGAGGAUGAAGUGGACGAUGAGCUAGAGGCUGAUGAGAGUAACAGCAAUGGCAGCAGCAAUUUGCGUGCCAGCAAACUGCAGCAUUUGGCUGCAGCUGCGGCUGCGGCGACAGAAGCGACACCGUUGACAGCGCCAUCUAUUGGACAGAAGCGUACGGCGCUGCAUUGCGAAUUGGAGGCAAACGCUUCUGCUGCAACUGCAACUGUGGAUUCUGGUGAGAAAUCGCCAGAGUUGAAAAAGCUGCGCAGCGACUGAGCUGAAUGCAGUGCAGCGCCGCAGCCGUCGCUAAGUAGCACCGUUAGGCCGCGUAUAUCUGGUGGAAAGACAUAUGUAUGUAGUGCAGUUGAGUCGACAUUUGAGAGCAACAUUACCUACACUUUGCCACAACAACAUUCAAGAAAUUUUACUAUUAAGCAAAACUAAUUAUACAUAUAAUAUAUAAUAUAUAUAUACAACAAAGAGAAAGAACACAC